UCUCCCUCUCUCUCUGCACUCCGCCCCUUGUCUCCAGUGCACUCUGCAGAUCCCUGAACUUGUGGUCAGUUUGGGCAGUUGACAGAAGACCUCCACCAUGCUGACCAUCGCCGUGCUAGCUUCAGUGCUAAUCCUGGGAACAGUCCCGGAGCAGACAGGGGCCAUAGUCAUCUACACGGGCUGGGAGAGACAUGCUUUGGUGGGCUCAGACGUUCGGCUCUCCUGCUCCUUCUUCUCGUGGCGUUGGACCUCUGAAGACGUGACCUUCUCAUGGACCUACAGGGCGGACGGCUCCAGGGACACCGUCUCGAUCUUUCAUUACACCGGUGGAAUGCCCUACCUGGACAACAAGGGCCCGUUCAGAGACAGACUGGAGUUUGUUGGUAACCCAGCGCGACGGGACGGGUCCAUUCUGUUGAAGAACGUGGACUUCGGAGAUAACGGAACCUUCACCUGCGACGCCAAGAACCCUCCUGACAUCAGCGGGCGGCCCUCCAGUGUCCGGCUGCUCGUCUUUGAGAAAGUUCCUAUCCAGGCUGGAGUGAUCACCGGUUCCAUUAUUGGCACAGUUCUGGGGCUGCUGAUCCUCAUCGUGGUCAUUUAUUACCUCAUGAGGUUCCUGGUGGCUCGCCGCGUCUUCAGCCUCAACGUCAGCAAACAUGGGAAGAAAAAGAAGGAGACGCAACAGAGACAGGGCCCUGCGUCUCAGGCUGACCCCUCCAAAGUGAAGCCCGCCAGUUCCGGCACCGUGUCCGCCUCCUCCUCCGAAAAGAAGAAACACCCGGAAUCUCGCAAGGAUAAGAAAUAGGAUUGGGAUUCGGGCUGGGGUAGGCUGCCCAAGCUCAGUCUGCUUUGGCCCUGGGAGGAGAGGGGGGAGGAACAGAGGGGAGGAGGGGUGAAGGAUGGGGGAGAGAGGCGAGUGCUUAUGACCAUUGAGCUAGAGAUGAUCCGGAAAAAUGGAGAAUCGGCCCAAGAUGAGGCACAAGCACUGAAAGAACCCAAUCUCCUCUCUCGCCUUGCACACCUCCUCCGUAUUGGAUAAUGUACAACCAAAAUACAUUCGUACACAAGAUAUCACGUAGGUUGCGUUCAUGGGACAUCACAACACUGCAGAGUCUCUGUAGUUUAACCUGAGCUGGAGACAGGUCAGAAUUCUCAGGGGAAAUUUAAACAAUAAGAUUAAUACGGCAAGUCUGUGGAGCUAAUCCCAAACUAAAAACGAUAAGGUUCAACAUUUCUGGAUCGUAAGUGAAUCUCCCACAGACUUAUACAGACCCCUGCACAACAUCUGAAUUUAUAACUUCAGAUUCUAAAACGUGAACGCAGCCUAUUGAAUCGUUUCUGAUCCAGGGGUUUGGUGCUUACUGUCACCUGCAGCUUCCAACAAUCACAAUGGGAUUUUUUGGGAGGGAAUCUGUAUUUGUUCAGAAUCUAAUUUACAUUUUUUUAAUAUAAUUUUCUAAGUAAUAAUGUUUUUGUAACUUAUGUUGGUGUGCAAUGUAGAACACUUGGCCAGGUCACAUACAAAAUAGAUCAAGAUUCACUGAAAUAUCAGUUUUUCUACAGAAGAUUGGUUGAGGAGAAGAGAGGUUGAGAACAUUAUCCAAACAAAUCCCCAUGUUUUGGUGCUAAUAAUGUAAAGUAGUGUGCAUUUCCAGUGUUAGUACAGAGUCUGUAGUUUAUGCAUUUAGAUAAUGUAAGACACAACUGACCAUUUUAAUAAUUAAGGCCAAAAAAAUUAAUAAUUCUACCUUCGAACUCUCAGUGAUUAGAAGAACAAGCAAACAUGUGCAUAGCAACCUUACUGAAUCUGCCUCAUUUUUGUUUAUGUUGUGAUUAUGAGCUUGGUAUAGUGGUGCUUAUUCUAUCAUCCAUCCUCUUCUUGCGCUUACCCGGGGCUGGGUCGUCAAUUUACCGCUUAAUCUACAUUCUGUCUUCACCUAUGGUCCUGGUUUAGUCCUGGUUUAGUCCUGGUUUAGUCCUGGUUUAGUCCUGGUUUAGAUCUCUGGUCCUACACUGGUUUUGUCCUGGUUUAGUCCUGGUUUAGUUCAGAUUUAGUCCUGAUUUAGUCCUGGUUUAGUCCUGGUUUCGAUCUCUGGUCCUACACUGGUUUAGUCCUGGUUUAGUCCUGGUUUAGUUCUGAUUUAGUCCUGAUUUAGUCCUGGUUUAGACCUGGUUUAGUCCUGGUUUAGUCCUGGUUUAGUCCUAGUUUAGUCCUGGUUUAACCCUGGUUUAGCUCUCUGGUCCUAGCCUCACCUGUGGUCAUGAGCUUUGGGUAAUGACCAAAAGGACAAGAUGGCGGAUAGAAGCCAUCUCACCUUAUCUCCCUUAGAGACAGGGAGAGGAGCUCAGUCAAAAGGGAGGAGCUCGGAGUAGAUCCGCUGCUCCUCCACAUUGGAGCAGUUGAGGCGACCCGGCCCCUGUUAGUUAUUAUUAUUGUGAAAUGUGUAGAAAAAUGGUGCCCUUCCAGAGGCUGAGUAAAGUGCAGUCAUCAGUAGCACUUAUAACGCUCCAACAAAGGCCUUUUUCAGCGUUCACCAUUGUGGCCGUAAUGUUUUCAGUGUGAUCUGAUACAUAACCUCACCUUCCCCAUGUGAUUUCAUGGACACUUUUGAACUUCUCUGACAAACAGAAUCUCUCACAAAAGCCUGUAUUUUUGUUGAUUUGGCUUUCUGCUUUCUCUCUUUCAUUCUCUCUCUCUUUCAUUUCGAUCCUAUCCUAUUUUCCAAGUGCAUCCGAUACGCAUCACCUCUCCAGUCGCCACGGGGACAAGCCAAUUUGCUUUUUGUCCUUUCAAUGUGUCAACCGCUAACUCUCUUCUCUCUCUCUCCAGUUUCUUCUUCCAAUUUCUGGAUUUUUUGUGUUAAUGCAAAUAGCAAAUGUGAUGUGUAUGCUAACCACUUUCUCCUCUCUCCCUCUCUUUUCCUGUCUUCUCUCUCUCCAUUUUCCUGUCUCCUCUCUCUCACCCCCUCUCUCUCCCUCCCUUCCUCUCAAUCCCUCAAUGUUCCUCUCUCUCCAUUUUCCUAUCAUUUCUCUCUCUUACUCCCCUCUCUCCCUUCCUCUCUCCCUUCCUCAAUAUGCCUCUCUCUCCUUCCCUCUAUUUUUCUUUCACCUCCUUCCCUCCAUUUUUGUGUCUUCUCUCCCUCUCUCCCUGUCCUCCCUCUCUCUCCCCGUCCUCCUCUUGUUUUCCUCUCUUCUUUCUCUCUUUUUUAGACAAAGGCUUGACUUCUGCACAACUGUCUUGGCGCUCCCUUCUUUUUCCUGCCUCGCCUGACGCAGCCUCCGAUAUUCCCCAUGUUAUUCCCUCUUUCCAGUCACCACUGGCUCUAGGCCUGAUCAGUAUCAUUUUCUACCAUAGAUCAUCAUGUACAAUACCGAUGGAGCUUAAAGCAACACUUUGUAACAUUUUACCUUUGAAAAUACAGCUUUGAAAUAGUGUAUGUGGAGAUGUAUUGACUGUAAUAUUAACCAUGUCUUCCUCUGAUGCAUUGUACUUAUGUAAGUUUCUAAUGUCAAACCAAAGUGAUGUUACUGUAACCAUAGCGAUGUAAAUACUGCCUAAUAAAUAAAACUUGACUUCCAUUA